GGGCUGGUCCCCGCCUCUCAUUGUCAGGAGCCCGAGCCCGAGCCCGGAGCCAGCGGGCUGCUGCCGCCGCGGAGCCCCAGGCGGCGAGAGGCGGGACCCGGCUGCCUGGCAGGAGGCUCCGUGCCCGGGACUCGGGCUAAAAUUGUCUCUGUCAAAGAAGCUGCAGGAUUCAAGGAGAAACUGACAUGUUUAAAAUCACUCCUUUGAUCCAAACUGAAGAAAACUGAACCCAAGAACAGAAAAUAAAAAUGGCAGAAUUUACAGGUUAUAAGGAGACUUCAAAUCGCCAUCUUCGAUUCAAGUUACAGAGUCUUGGCCGUCGUCUUGAUGAACUGGAAGAAGCAACAAAAAAUCUCCAGAAAGCGGAGGAUGAGCUUCUUGACCUUCAGGACAAAGUUAUCCAGGCAGAAGGCAGCAAUUCUAGCAUGCUUGCUGACGUAGAAGCUCUGAGAAAAAGAGUGCUGAAAAUUGAAGGCAAGGAUGAAGAAAUAAAAAAAGCUGAAGAGCUCUGUCAGCUGAUGAAGGAAAAACUGGAGGGGGAGGAAAGCCUCACUCGAGAACUUAAAUCAGAAAUUGAACGGCUUCAGAAGAGAAUGGCAGAACUGGAAAAACUGGAGGAAGCUUUUGGCAGGAGCAAGAAUGAUUGUACUCAGCUGUGUCUGAGCCUUAAUGAAGAAAAAAAUUUGACUAAAAAAAUAUCUACAGAGUUGGAAAUACUUAGGAUGAAAGUAAAAGAACUUGAAGCAUCUGAAGACAGACUGGAUAAAACUGAACAUAGUUUAGUAAGUGAGUUAGAAAAGCUGAAAUCUUUAACACUGAGCUUUGCUAGUGAAAGAAAACACUUCAAUGAAAGAGAAAAGCAAAAUGAAAAAUUAAUCCAAGAGCUAACACAAAAACUAGAACAAAACAACAAACUAAAUAGGGCAGAUCAAACUAGAAAUGCAUCAAACCUGCUAGAAAGAUCAUCAAAUAGUCUUCUGGAUAGAAAUGACCUGAGAAUUGAAGAUGACUUGACAUCUGUGUUGCCCUCUAAAGAAGCCAGAAGAAAGGGAAGCUUGGAUUAUCUAAAGCAUGUAGAAAAUGAAACCAGAAAUAAAUCAGAAAAUCAAAAGAAUAAAAAUCAAGAAGACAACAAAGUGAAAGAUCUCAAUCAAGAAAUUGAGAAACUUAAAACUCAAAUUAAACAUUUUGAAUCUUUAGAAGAAGAACUUAAAAAAAUGAAAGCCAAAAAUAAUGACCUGCAAGAUAGUUAUCUGAGUGAACAGAAUAAAAACAAGCUCCUGACUGGUCAAUUGGAAGAAAUUCAAAUUAAAAUAAAAAAACAAAAGGAUAUGGAGAACGGUGUGGUGGAAAGUGAAGAAAUGAGCUUUCCCAGCAGAAUUAGACAUGACAGACCUAAAUACAGAGGUAUCACAGCUGAGCCGGCAAUUUCAAAACACAAGUCACGGGAGCUUUCACCUCAGCAUAGACGGGAGAGAACACGGAACAGAGAGUUCUCUUCCAAUAAUGACAAUUAUACCACUAGCAGCAAGCAAGUUCCCAGUCCAAGUUUAAUUACUAGGAGAACAGCAAAGGCAUCUAGUACAUCUGCUCUACUAGACACUGUGAUUAGUGAUACAAAAAGAAUGGAAGACAAACCAGCAGUUGCUACAUAUUUAUCUAUGCAGAAAGAUAGUGGUGCGCCACAAAAUGAAGUGAAGAAAUCGAGAGAGCAGCCAUCUGUGCUGAGUCGAUACCCACCGGCUGCACAUGAGCACAAAUCUUGGAAAGCAUCUUCCAAACCUGGGAAUGAAAGUGGACUGAAGACCAAGAUUGAAAAGCCAUCUCAGACAUUUAGUGAUGUUUGCCAAGGUAACUCUGAUGCACUUGAUGAAAAAUCAAGCAAAGGAGAAAUGACUGUAUCUUUGACUGAAAAGAUGAAAAUAAGCCAAGCAGAGAUGUCUGAUCUCUGUGUAGAGAUACCUUUUAUGAAAAAUAAUCAUGCACCAUCGAAUGAAACAGCUUCAUCAUAUAGAUACCAUAUCUCUUCUCAGAUGUUAGCAGCUGAAUCCACCAGCUCUAAAGCAGAAGCAGCAACAGUCUCUGUUGUAUCUCACAGACAGUCCCCAGAAGGGAGAUCUAAAAGAACAAUAAACUCCCAAGAAAGAGAAUUUACAGACACUUUUCAUGAAAAUAUAAAGCUCCCAACUUUAUUAAAGUAUUCAAACAACUCAAGAAGUCAAGAAGACAUUUUACAGAUUCUCACAAGUCAAGGUAAGGAGGGAAUGGACCAAUCUGCACCAUCAGUUACAGGUCAGAUAAAUGUUGGCAUAAAACCUGACUCUUUGAGAUCCAAAGCCAUCAAACCAGCUAUCCAUGAAAAACUUAGUACAGAUGAGGAGAUGGGUAAAAGCACCAAUGCUACUACUGAGUCGGAACUGGAGACGAGAAAAAAACCCAGCUCCAGAGAAUUCUCAAGCUCCAGAGGAGUUCUCAGAGCAUCUCUCUUUGAAAAUGAUAAAAAUACUGGAAAUGAAGAUGAUCCCCCAAAAUCCAUAAAGAUAUCUUCAGAUGCCACCAGUGUAGGAUUGAAAUCCAGACGGUCAUUCAGUCCCAGAGAAGCUUUGAGAUCAAAAGCCAUCAUUAAACCUGUAAUAGUUGAAAAGGACAUGAAAGAAGUAAUGGGAGGGGCUGGGUCUGAAGAAUACUCUCAAAAACAGAAAUCUCUCUUUAAAACUGUGACAAAUAAAAUGAAAAGCAGCAUAACAAUCUUCCCCUCUGAGCCAGCCAACACAAGGACCAACACAAAUGAAGCAGCAAAGGAAAGACAUACUUCUACCAGUAAUAUUAGAGUCACUCCAAAUGAGCUGUCAACCAUAACAAACAACAUCAGCACACCCUUUGAGAUCUCAAUUAAUAAGAGUGAUAUUGCUCUGAAAUUAUCUGAGGCAGAUAAAAUUGGGGACUUAGCUCUGAGAAACGCAACAGAAACACUAAUCUCAAGAAGCAGUAUUAUGAUAAAACCUUCUGAACCCAUUGAGAAGAACAGUUGUGAGCCAUCCUUAGAGACAAUCAGCUGGAAAAGCCAUGGGUCUUUAGAAUCAGAUUCACCAGAGACAAAACACAUCACUCUGAGAAGCUCUUGGAGGACAAGGCGGGGAUUACAAUCUUUGGAAGACUCUCAAAUCAAAGUGGAAAAAAAUACAGCUUCCAUUCGUACAAAGGCAUGCAAGUCAUCUACAGAUCUCUCUGAAACGGAAGGGGCCAAUGCAAGAAUAAAUUUACUUGAGCAGAAUUCAAGAAGGUCCAGGGCCACUAUUAAUUCUUGGAAUACUCCUGAAUUAGAAUUCAGAAGGACCCAAAGUAGCUUAAGUGCAUCUGAGCUAUCUACUCGAAGGAGCUACGUCCAUGAUCCCAUCACUGCUUCUACUUGGAAUCGCAAAACAUUACCAGAGGAAAGCAAAGAUUUUGUUCCCAGUUCCAGAAGAAAACAAUAUGGCUCUUCUGAACAGCUGUCCCAGGCUGAGACUUCAGAGAAAAGGCCAACCUCCCAGAUGGAGCUGCAGCGGCGCCCUGGAACCAGCCCCCAUGCACAGCUGGGCAGCAAGACAGAGGACCAGGCCAUUUCCCACUCCUCCCAGAUGACCUCUAGGAGAUGAACUUCUUUCCUUUCACCAAAUGAACACUCCAUUUCGUGGGGCAAGAGCCAAGGAUGUUACCAGCUGCAUGGGUGUCAUUCCUGCCUUGUAAAUGCAACGAAGCCUUCAUCUAGCCUGGAAUCUGUUUUCUGAUGUGAUUUGUGUGGGACAGAAGAUUAACCAGCACAUUUUCCUUCUCUGCCAGGAAGGUGGCUGCAGAGACUUCUCUCAGGGGAACCCCACUUCUCAUCUCUGGGCUGAGACUGGAUUUGUCUCCACAGGAAUAUAGGUCUGUAUCAGCACGGAAACUCCUCUGGGUCCAUGGCCACUGCUUCUAUAGCCUGUUACGGUACUUGCAGUACAAAAGAGAACCCUACAUUAACCACUGUAAUUUAUAAAGAACACUAGACCUACCCCAGUGGCCACAAUGCAACUGGCUCUCACAGCUGCUGAGCACAUCUGGUUUUUCAAAAGGAACCAAGUCCUUCCACAUCUGAAAGUUUUCAGUGUCAUGAUGAAAGUUUGCGUUAUUCUUAAUCUGCCUCUGCUAUUGCUCAGUCAAAACACCUUGCACCAGGAAAGCACAGGAUUUCCAAGAACUCUUCAACCACAUGUAGGAGGAAUGCAUUCACCCCAGGUCACAUCCCUGUGCAGAGAACAUUGCUUAGAGAGCUUCUUCCCCAGGCCUCCUGCCACAGGCCUGGCAUGCCUUGCCACCCCAUUCCUCCUUGGCCAGAGAUUUGAUAAUACAAGGCUGUUUACUGAGCCAAGCGAAACCGCAGUGAACGCUUCCCCCAGCUUGGACCUAGCUGCCUUUCAACCAGAGCUCUCUGUUCCCAUGGCCCCUCCACCCACCCUCCUCCCUGGCCUUAGCUGCCAUGCACUAAGGUUCAUGAGUGGAGCUUUGCACCCUGCACUCAAAGGCAGAACCCUCCUCUCCAAGAGGGCUUCUCUUCCUUCCCAAAAGGCACAAAUGAGCAUUGAGCUAAGAUGGGAUUAAUAUGCUCAGGCCAUUCUCCAGCCCUGCCAGGAGCCAUCCUGUGCUUCUCCCUUCUGGCCUGAGGCUGUUCUACCUUCUCCCCACUACGCCUCUGGACAGGGGCUAUUCCAUGAAUCUCCCCAUCAUGCUUCAGGACAGGGUGGUUGUCUGAACCUUCCUGUCUCCCCUCUGGCCAGGCUGGGAGCCAUUCCACCCUGGCUAGGAUCCAGGCACAAUCAAAGACUAUAGAAGUGUGUUUCCAAGGUCAAUGUCCUCAGCAGAAAGAGAUGGGGAGGGGAAGGGGACAGAAGCAGACGUCAUUGCAUUGGCUAUUAGUGCUGCAAGGCACCCACCCUGGUCAGUGAGGGAGAAGGGGGUGCUGCAUAUCUCCCAACCCGAUCAGUGCGGGAGGGAGGAGGGGAGUUGCAGCCUGGCUCCCAGCCUGGUCAUUGCUGGGCGGGGAGAGGGGCAGCAUGGCUCUGAGCCCGGUCAGUGCAGAGGGCGGGGUGGGGAGAGGUGCUGCCUGGCUCCCAGACCAGUCCAGUGAUCUCCUAGUCUGUUUGUUCUCGGGGAAGGCAGUUUGCAUGUGAACCACAGACGGGUACAGAGCCCUCAUGUUCCCAUAGGCAACGCCAUCCCUGUCCCAUCUCCCCAUCCCCAACUCACAUAUAGAAACACCUGCUCCUUUCCCCAGACCUCUCCUUUAGCCAUCAGGAGUGGCUGCCCCUCCCCACAGGAGAUCACCAGUGGGCCCAGCCAAUCCAGGGGCUGGGGUUAGGGAGGGAAGCUGGAGCAAUAAUAGGAGUCUACCGAGCCCCCGUGCACUGUAACUGGGGCACUCUGCACUCAGGCCCAGGGAGGAAGGAGUCCCUGUCAGGUCCCAGGAAACAACGUUGCCUUGCCCUCAUGCUUGCCACUGGGUCUCCCCAGCACCUGGAAGCCAUGGAGGAGCUCAGCCUGGGAGGCUGCUGGGUAAGGGCCAGUUCGCUCAGAGCCCCUGUGCUUGGCCUAUCCAGUGCAAUGUGAGGGGAGGAUUCAUUGCCUGACAUUCAUGCCCUCAGCCCCACACCAGGAGAGCUAAGCUCAUUUUGUGGCUGCCUCCUGCCCAUGCUGCAACCUCAUAUGGUAAGGACAGCAGAGCCAAGCAUGCCCUGAUGACAGGAGUGUCCUGAGCCUUAGUCACUGUGGCGAAGAGAGGGGGUGAUCUGCUCCCAGAACAAAUAUCUUACUACGUAACAUCUCAGGGCUUCCCUGUAAGACUGUUAGCUGCUGGGGAGCAGCCUGCUGCAGAUACAAGUCUGUGCUGCUACACUGCAGACUGGCCCACCUGUGGGGCUCAGGCCCUGGGGUCCAUCUGACACCCUCCCUCACACCUUAUGUAGCACCAAUUCCCCUUGGGGCCCACUGCUCCAGUCCCUCUACUUUGCGCCAUGUGCUGGGCAGAAGGAGUCCUGCAGACUCCUCCACCUACGCUUUGAGGCAGCUGCAGUAGGCUCUUCGCCCUCUGCUGGUAGGACGCCCUGGCGUAGAACAGUUUCCUCCCCACCCUCUCACAGCCACCACGAAUCUCUGCUGAAAGGGAGCGAGGCUGGAACUCAGUGUUCGUUGACAGUGUUAAUGCUCCACACAAUUGCCAUGUUUGUCCGUUCCAGGGGUGCGGAGGGAGGGUUUAGCCUUCACUUGCCUUCUUUCCUUUUAAGCUGGGCACAUCCUGUCCCAUCACACCUGGAAGCAGCAAUACCCUGAGCCGUCACUGGACCCAAAUUCCCAGGGUACCCCACAGGAGGCAGCGCUGCGUGAGCAGUAAGGCAGAAGUGCUCCCCAGGCCGGUCGGCCGGACGAGUAACACAAUCACAUCUGGGUCGUGGCUGGUUUCAUUCUCUUGGGAAGGGUGAUUGCACUUUUGUGUUAACUCCGCUCUAAGCAUAGUCAAAGUCACAGUACAAGGCUUUCUUUGUAUGCUGGUAAUAGACCAAUCCUUGCGCUUUGCCUCUUUCCCCCUUACUUUCCCAAGGUUCAUUGCUAAAAUUUCAACAGUGCUGAAGUCACUUUGAAGCCUAAAUCCCAGUGCUCUCACUGGACCUCGUCUCAGCAGUGAGUUGGGCUAUGUCAUCCCUGGUAAAUGGCUCCCUGGGCACCAGCAGCAUGUGAGCCCAUCCUCCAAAGGCUUGUUCUUCUGCCAUUGUGCCUCUGUGCCGGUCCAUGCACUAGCUUGCUGCUGGCUGAGCCUGCCCCUCUGUGCAGGGUUAGAGUAGCUCUCUGAGCCUUGCCAUUCAUGCAAGGAACUAGCUGAACCAUUCCCAUGGCCACCAAGGGGCAUUAGCCUGCAGUAGCUCAUCCCAGCCUCGGUGAAGGUGUCUAUGCUGUGGCUGUUCCCCUGCUGGACAACCCUUCUCAGUGCCCUCGAGGGUCACGUACCCAGCAUAGACUCUGUGGUUCCUUCCCAGCCUUUCCUCAUUCCCGCCCUGCCUCAGCUGAGUACAGGGCUGCCACUGGCUCUUUCCAAGGAAUUCAUUUCACUCCUUACUGGGGCAGCUUUGAGGUCACCAGAUGCCAGUCGUGUACCCACAAGUCCCUGCCUUGUCCUCUAGCCCUCACAGGCUCCCUCUCUAAGAUGCUGUGCAGCAAAGUGAUUUUGGCCUUGAUCCAAUGAAACUCCUAAGUAUGUGCAAAAAGAAAAGGAGGACUUGUGGCACCUUAGAGACUAACCAAUUUAUUUGAGCAUGAGCUUUCGUGAGCUACAGCUCACUUCAUCGGAUGCGCAUACGAAAGUAUGUGCAUAACUUUCAGCCCAAGUACAGUCCCACUGACUUCAGCAUGAAAGCUACACACAUGCGUAGAUGAUUUGCUGGAUCAGGGCCUUGGGCAAACGCAGCCAGCAGUGAUCUCUGGCCUUGCCAUUCCUCAGCUUAAUGCCCCCGUGUCUCCCGAGGCGGGAGCCGUGCUACAUGCACCAUCACUCCAGCUCCCUUCAGUCUGCGCAGAACCUGGGCAGGAGGACAGAACCUCGUUCCCUUACGUUGCUAAUGAGGCAGAGUUCACACAGCCCCUGCAUCUGCUCCCACUGAAGCCAGAGGGGGUGUUGCCAGACACAUCACUGAGAGCAGGAAUGGGGCCAUGCUACCUUAGAUGCAGUUAUCCAUACACUGGGUAGUGGUCUGCCUGCAAACAGGAACUCCCCAUUUGGACAGCCAUAAAACUCAAGCCCCACAAUCAGCACAGGGGGGCAGCCCACCUUCCCUGCAUUUAAACUCAUUUCUGAAAUUCAGGUCCAAUGCGACCACUGCCCUUUCCCUCUAACGGCCUUGUCACCAGAGCCAAGGGCAAAUGCAGUGAACCUCAUCGCUAACUCUGAAUGGUUCCAGCUCCCGUCAGAGCCUGUCCACACGCAGCAUCAGCAGCCUUUCAGCUGUGGACAAGAAGCACUGGAGUGUCCAGUGCCACUUCUACACUCCGCAGGAGGGUCCUAUGGAAGCCAGACACAGUGGAUCCAGUGCUGUCUCCUUACUCCAGGGCCCGGGGCCCAGAGAGAGGAGCAGAUAAGAACUUGUCUUCAGUUAUCCUGGCCAGUAGUUUGGACUGUUCAUUCACUACUUUAAGACAUAUUAUUUGGAUUCCUGUUCUUGAACAGAAACAAUCUCACUACCAUUUCACUGGUUGUAAAUAAUGAAUGUAAAUGUCAGUCAGUAACUGUAGGUUGUGGGUUAUCUUCUUAACAAAUCUGAGAUUAACUCUGAGCGAGAAAUCCUCAUUGAAACCUAAUGGGGACAUAUCCCCUAAACCUGAGUGCAAUAGGAGCUGAUUGUAUUAUUAAACUAAUAUUAAUGAUUUCAGGAAACAUGCUAUUUUACUCAAAUUGCACACUUUUGAGAACAGCUGUAAAAUAGAGUAAAUAUUUGUAAAUAUUGUCAGCACUGGGGAAAUGUUGUUUGUAAUUGUAGCAUAUGAAUAUGGUGGGGUUUCCAUGGACUUGAUAAUGCUGAAAAUGUGAAUCAGACAUUCAGAGAAUUCCAAAGUUGUAACUGUAUUUGUUGCCUGUGGGAGUGUGUAACUGUUGUUCUCGUCUCCCAAGAAACACUUGAAAAGAAAUCCAACCCUUUCUAUGCAGACCACACCUCCCAGCUAGAGAGGAGGUUUUGGCAAAGGGGGGUGUUCACGCUGCCCCGGGCAGCCUCAGGCCCCUCUUGGACUAGGUGGUUCAAGAGUAGCUCCCCUUAGCUUCCCUCCUGUCUGGAAAUGAAGCUGCAGCCGUCCCUGGGGAUGCAUUGCCCAAGGUGUGGCCCCUCCAGUGGCUCUGGAAAUUCAGGAGUCUGAAUUCCUGAUGUUCGUGGCUGUCUCAGUCGAUCAGUGCUGGGAAUUGCCAGGUACCAGCUCAUUACACACGACAGAGGCAACAGGAGGGCUAUGAUGCUGAAGAUGCUCAGAAAAGCAAGGAAAACAAGGAAUAGGGUGCAUGUGGCUCCGGUGGGUGUUUGGGGGGAAGGAUUUACACAGAGUGAGAAAUAAUUAAACUAAUGCCCACAUUUAAUAGAACUAGCCACACUCACCCCACUCGUGCAUAAAGACCAUUUACUGCGCAAAAGGUGAACAGUGAUGUAGCUGCUUUGUAGGGCAUACAGCUCAAGGGAUCAGCUAACUCUUCCUUGAUUAUCCAGUGUGCACUGGGGAGGCAUCUUUGCCUUGCUGCCAUUCAGCCCCUGAGCACUCCAGAUAGUGUGGAAUAUAUUUUUAAGAGACUAAAUACAUUUUUUUGUAUUUGUAGAUGUUUGAUUGGGGAACUGGGUCCAGUCAUGGUGUUACAGGCAGAUAGUAAACCAGGUAUCUUUUCCUUUUCACAUAUUCCUGCUAAAUUAUGUGAGUCCAAUUCAAGUUAAUUCUUUUCCGAGGUUCUAUUAUUUACAGUUCCCCUCUACUCCAGACACACCAAGAGAGCUACCAGCAGUGUCCUGACUCUCACAAAACUCAUGUAAGCAUGUUCAGUAGGGGAAAGCCUGCUCAUUCCUCUCCACACUGCGUAAAGAUGGUGCUCACCUCCUACCAGUUAUAUAGUGCUCCUAGUCUGCAUGCCAAGUUUAAACACAGUUUAUCUGCAUGUAUCUCCUGACUGAUGCUGUCAGCUCUACAAUAUGUAAUCAAUAAAAUUAUCCCUUUGUACGUGU